AUGGCGUUCUUUACCAUCCGUGCCCUAACGUUCUUCUCCCUUCUUUUUAUCUUCGCCGCCAAUGGCGUGGAGGCGACCCCCGCCGUCAAGCGAGAUAGCCGCACUUCUGCGCCCAGCGGUUCUGUCGUUGUGAGAGCUAGUGGAGCGUCGUCGGGAGAAUACAGCACGGUUCAGGAUGCAGUGGACUCGCUCCCUGACGACGAUACUGAUCAGGUUAUCUUCAUUUAUGAAGGCCAACUGAUUGUCUGUUUAGGUACCUACAAUGAACAAGUCUACAUUGAUCGGGAUGGCCAAACGACUAUCAUGGGCCAGACCUCCGAUACCAGCAGCUACACGAGCAAUACGGUUACCAUCACAUAUUCGAGCUCUCUUGGCACAGCGGGCACUGAUGAUUUGACUGGGACACUACGUGUACACAAGGAUAACUUUGCCCUAUACAACGUUGAUGUGAAAAAUACGUUUGGUGAGGCCAGCACUAACGGUCAGGCGUUAGCAUUGAGUGCAUAUGGGUCAAAUCAAAGUUAUUACGGUGUGGGCUUCUACAGCUAUCAGGACACGGUACUCGCCGAAACGGGCAACCAAUUCUAUGGCUACUGUUACAUUGAGGGAGCUGUCGACUACAUUUUUGGACAAUAUGCGCGGGCAUACUUCCACUACAACGUGAUUGCUUCCGUAGGUGCUGGAGCGAUCACCGCUAACGGACGUUCAUCGUCGUCCGGAGUAAGUCUAUUUGUCAUCAACAAAGCGACUAUCACUACUAGCAGCUCGGCGACGACAUCUCUCAAAGGGAAGGUAUAUCUUGGACGCCCAUGGGAAGACUAUGCUCGGGUCGUCUAUACAUCUUGCUCUCUCGGAAAUCUGAUCAACAGUGCUGGAUGGGAAGAAUGGUCCAGCAGUGAACCCAACACCGAUCAUGUCACCUUUGCUGAAUACGAAAGUACUGGUACCGGCGCUUCUGGCACUCGCGCAUCUUUUGCCACAACACUUACUUCGACCAGCGGCUACACGAUAUCGGACGUUUUGGGUAGUGACUAUGCCGAUUGGGUGGAUAGCGAUUACCUAUAA